UGCCCCGCCCCCCCGCGCCCUUUCUCUCCCUUCCAGGGAUGCGGCUCCGGCCUCUAUGGGGUUCUGCGUGUCGUCUGUGGACCCGCAGGGCUCCAUGUCAGCCCCACCGGUGUUUCAGCUACAGCAGCCCGCCGCUGGAGGAGCUGUUCAUCCGCGGUGGGCCCUUGCGGACUUUUCUCGAGCGCCAGGCAGAGUCAAAAGCCCAUUUACAAGUCGGGGGCCCCGAACUCACGGCCGUGGCUAAACUCCUGAUUGAGAAGGAGCAGGAGCUGCAGGAGACCGAGCACUUGCUGCACGAUAAGAAUGAAGAUUUAAGGAAACUUGCAGAGAAUGAAAUAACUCUGUGUCAAAAAGAAAUAAUCCAGUUAAAGCACCAGAUUAUCUUACUUUUGGUUCCCUCAGAAGAAACAGAUGACAAGGAUUUGAUCCUGGAGGUAACUGCAGGAGUUGGAGGUCAAGAGGCAAUGUUGUUUACUUCAGAGAUGUUUGAUAUGUAUCAGCAAUAUGCUGCAUUUAAAAGAUGGCAUUUUGAAACCCUGGAAUAUUUUCCAAGUGAAAUAGGUGGCCUCAGACAUGCUUGUGCCAGCAUUAGGGGUUCAGCAGCCUAUCAGUAUAUGAAAUUUGAAGGAGGAGUGCACAGAGUACAAAGAGUGCCCAAGACUGAGAAGCAGGGCCGCAUCCAUACUAGCACGAUGACAGUGGCAGUAUUACCUCAGCCCACUGAGAUUAAUCUGGUGAUUAAUCCUAAAGAUCUGAGAAUUGACACAAAGCGAGCCAGUGGAGCUGGGGGUCAGCAUGUGAAUACCACAGACAGUGCUGUCCGGAUAGUUCAUCUCCCAACAGGUAUUAUUUCUGAAUGCCAACAAGAGAGAUCUCAACUUAAAAAUAGAGAGAUGGCUAUGAAAAAGUUACGUGCAAGGCUAUAUAGCAUGCAUCUAGAGGAAGAAACAAGUAAAAGAUACAAUGCUAGAAAGAUUCAGGUUGGAACUAAAGGAAGAUCAGAGAAAAUAAGAACAUAUAAUUUUCCACAGAACCGGGUCACAGAUCACAGAAUAAACAAAUCACUGCAUGAUCUUGAAACUUUUAUGCAAGGAGAUUACCUACUAGAUGAACUUAUACAGUCACUGAAAGACUAUGCUUAUUAUGAAUCUGUAGUAGAAAUUAUUUCCAAAAAAGUUUAAGGUGACUUAUUAUUAAAAGCCUUUUCUACAACA